AUGCCUCGUGCUGUGAGAGGUGUCCUCGUCGAGUGCGACCCCUCCGUCAAGGCCAUCAUUCUCAAGUACGACGAAGAAAGGCACGACUACAUCGUCGAAGACCUCGACGAUGACCGGCACUUGGUCAUCAAAGAAAACCAGCUGCAGCACUUGAAAGAGAGACUGGGGCAGGAGCUGGACCAAAAAGUCAUGCAGCCGGACGAGUCGGAAUCCGAGUGA